AUGCAUUUUUUCUCCGCAGGGCCCUUUGCCUCUAACAAGGUGUUUUGGUCAUCACGCUCAUCUCUGCAUCAGGGAGAAGAUGCCGCCUCUUCUCGUCGCAGCUCUGAGGAGGGUGAGCACGAGGACAAGAAAGUAUUGCUGUCUCCUACUGCACAGCGAAAACGUCAAACUAAUAGACGUUUCCUCACUUCACUACUGGUCAAUUUCGCGCUAGUUCUCGCCCUUGUUGGUACGCUGGUGGUGCAGCAUACGGGUCAGAAGCAAAGCUGGACAAGGCCGAAGUCGUUGCUACACUCUCCCCUCCCAGACUUUCCUAAAGAAAUCAAGAUGUUUGUUGUCGAUUCUGUAUUUCUGUCACUGCCAACAGACGAGAGUAAUGAGGCUUGGGGUGCUUUACAUGGCCCGUUCCACGAAGGCGAGGGCUUUAUACGGCUUGACAAUGAGACGGCGCGACUCUACCCUGACUCAAAAGCAGGACUUUCAGUCUUCCAUCAACUUCAUUGCCUAGGUGCACUGAGGAUGCUCAUGUGGAAUAUGCUGUUUGAUAAGGUUGAUAGGGAAGAGCUACUCAAGACUUGGCCAGAGGAUGUUCAUAACCCAACAUACGAACAAGCAACCCAAGGUAUGUGGCACUAUGCACACUGCUUUGACUACCUUCGCCAGAGCGUACAAUGCGCUGGGGAUGUUUCUCUUGAAUUUGUCAAUGAAAAUACGGGACUGUCGGUGGUAGAUGGGUUGUACUAUCCCCACAAAUGCACGAACUGGGACAGUCUUUGGGGUUAUGCACAGGAGCAUGGUGGUUGA